UUAAGUUUGUUCAGUCGCUCCGAUCAAGCAGAUCACCAUGAAGGUCUUCGUUGUUCUCGCCGUUAUCCUGGCCGUGUCCGCCGCCGCCCCCCAGUUUGGAGGUAGCAGUUCCAACGCUAAUGCCAACGCCAAUGCUGAAUCUGAAGGAUUCAACGGUGGCUUCGGCGGCGAACCUGGCUUUGGAGGUCAAGGUGGAUUUGGAGGACCUGGUGGUGGACGUCCUGGAGGAUUCGGAGGACCUGGAGCAUUCGGAGGACAUGGAGGACGUCCUGGAGGAUUCGGAGGACCUGGCGGACGUCCUGGUGGAUUCGGAGGAAAUGGAUUUGAAGGAAAUGGAGGAUUCGGAGGACCUGGUGGAUCUGGAGGAUUCGGACCUGGAGGAUUCGGAAAUGGUGGAGCUGGAGGAUUCGGACCUGGAGGAUUCGGCGGCAAUUCAGAAGCUAACGCUAACGCAAACGCUGUCUCAAACUCCGGCGGUUUUGGAGGCGGAAGUGCCAACGCUAAUGCCAAUGCUGUCGCAAACUCCAGGGGUGGCAAUUCUGCAGCCAAUGCUAAUGCUAAUGCUGUUUCAAACGGCAAAUAAGCGAUUAUUAUGAUCCGAAUUUCUCGUUUGAUUAGUUUUUUAAUAUUUAUAAAAUAAAAAAAAAAACUAAAAAAAGUAUUUUAUUUGCUAAAGGGUGAAAAGCUCUUACAAGCAAGAUUGGAAAAGAGUUCAUUACGUAAAAAUGGAAAUAUAAAUACUAGAAAUGCUUUAAUGCUGAAACAGACCGCAAGCCAUAAGCGGUCUGCUAUUUAGUUGUAUUAAACAUUAUAUUGUGUUUUAAUUUAA